AUGCAGUUUUUGUACGCGGAUGACUUACACUGUCAUCUCAGACAGGGUGAACUUAUGGAGAAGGUCGUCAAAUACGUUCGAAAAGGUGGAUGUAAUAGAGUGCUUGUUAUGCCGAAUACUGUGCCUGAGAUUACAAGCUGUUCUCAGGCUCUUGAGUAUAGGAAAAAGUUACUGGAACUUGACCCGAAUGUAGAGUACCUCAUGACUCUUUAUCUCACAGACGAUUUAUCUUCCGAAGAUUUAAGGAAUAACGCUAAAAAAUGUCAUGUGCAGGGGGUCAAAUGUUACCCUUCUGGAGUCACAACUAAUUCUGAUAGAGGUUUUAAUGUUUCUAAUAGAGAUAGUUUUGAGAAGUAUUACCCGCUAUUUUCUGAGAUGGAGAAAAUUGGUGUUUCACUUCACUUACACGGAGAAUUACCUGGAGCUCCUCCGCUGACUGCUGAAAAGGAGUUUUUACCAAUCGUUGAAAACGUUUGUAGGAAAUUCUCCUCUUUAAAGGUUGUUUUGGAACAUGUAACUUCGAAAGAUUCUCUACAAGUUGUUAAAAGGAUUCAAAAUCUAGCAGCCACAAUUACGCCUCACCACAUGAGACUAACAGUUUUGGACGUUCUAAACACUGCUGAAAAUGUAACAUUACAAAACGUGACCAAACAUUUGAGGGACCCUUAUGCAUACUGUAAACCCUUAGCUAAGUUUGAGGAGGAUCGUCACGCUAUUUUGGAAACCCUAAAAUCAGGACAUCCAAGAUUCUUUCUAGGAUCAGAUUCAGCACCUCAUACACAUGACAGUAAGAGAUCAGUUAACCCUCCAGCUGGAAUUUACACUCAACCAUUUCUGCUGCAGUACCUUUCUGACACCUUUGACGAUUUCGGUUUUUUGGAUAAACUAGAAAACUUUUGCUGUAAAAACGGCCAGGAGUUUUUACAGCUACCCCCCAAAGGACCAGAGUACUUUGAACUUGUAAAGCAACCCUUCAAAGUACCAGAAGAGGUUGAAGGAAUAGUGCCAUUCAGAGCAGGACAAUAUCUAAACUACUCGAUUUUAUCUCAAACCUAA